AUGGCCAAUACCGAGUUGAUUCACAGGCUUACAUGCAUUGCAAACGUGGUGUUCGUGGUCACAGACAAGGAGAGUGGAAGCCUUUCUGCGUACCAGACGCAGCUUACUAACGAGAGUAUCACCACUGUCGUUACCGGUGAUGCAAUGAAAAUUGACCCCUUGAUAACCCCCGGGACUAUUGUCGUUUAUAUCCCACCCACGGUCAAGAGUAAGGAAGAGAUAUACGCGGCCGCAACUCAAGCAUGCGCCAGCUUGAUCAACGUUACACAACAGCUCUAUCAUCGCAUCAUUUCCGCUAAGAGCGAGACAGUCAAGCUUUUCUCCAUCGUUCCAAAGGACUGGGGCAUAAGCGACCUCACUGAAAUCCCAGAGGUUUUUGGCGGCCUGUUCGAGGACGACCGCGGGUUCUUUCCGUUAGUCUGCGAAGGCGAAGCACGGCCCAGUGAUAAGAAGGGACUUCAGCUACAUGCAAACAGCUCCUACCUGAUCACGGGAGGCACCGGAGGUAUAGGCCUGGCAACAGCAACUUGGCUGGCGCAGCGAGGCGCCCAGAACAUAGUACUUGUGUCCCGCCGUGGCCUUCCACCAAGCAGUGACAGCAAGCCAGUUGAGGCAAAUAGCGCGGACCCAAGCUCCCGUAUUGCCAAGCUCAAGGCUGUGGGCGUUUCGCCCAACGCUGAUGUGACACUAAACCAAGCCAUCAACGACCUGGGUAUUCCACCGAUAAAGGGAGUCAUUCACGCAGCCGGUACCGCAGGUUACCAUACGCUGACGCGAUGCACUCCUACCGAUAUUGCAGACAACUUAGCGCCGAAAGUGAUCGGCAGCCUGGAUCUCGACUCACUCUUCCCACCCGGCACUCUGGACUUUUUUGUAUUUACUUCUUCAGUUGGACAGCUUGUCGGAUUCCCAGGACAGUUGGCAUACGCGCCCUCCAUUGCCUUCCUAGACGCACUGGCAGCCCACCGAAGGCGCCAGGGUGAUAACAGCAUGGCUAUCUUAUGGACUGGCUGGCAGGGAACAGGCGUCUGGGAUCAGAGCAAGUCAGCAAUGCGAAGGCUCAACAAGGCCUCUAUAUCGAGGGGAAUCGCAGACAUCAGUCCAGAUGAGGCAUUUUUGGCGUGGGACCACAUAGCCAGUUUCAAAACCGAUCACGCAGCGGUAGUGCGGGUGUUGGAACUCGAGGCCGACGAGCCCGUACGACACCCUAUGCUCAAAUACAUCACUCCCCGCAAACAAGCAUAUCAACCCACCACUAUGGAUUACAAGGACUACCCCGAGCAUGCAAUUGCGGUGAUAGGCAUGGCUUGUCGUACAGCUGCUGGGAAUACGGAGAAUGAUCUCUGGCAGGCCAUCCUGGAGGGCAAGAGUAUAGUGCGCGAGGUAGACGAGAAGCGGUUCCCCGGCGUGGUCCGCGAUGGCAAUAUGUGGGGAAGCUUUAUGUCUGAUAUCGACUCAUUCGAUCAUCAAUUCUUCCAGAGAUCCAAGCGGGAAGCCGCUGCUUCAGACCCGCACCAGCGAGUGCUCCUUGAAACUGCAUACCACGCACUCGAAUCGGCGGGUUACUUUGGACCGUGCCAGCAACAGGGAGAAACUCACGACCCAGGUAGCCAAACAACUGGCUUCUUUGUCGGAAUGAGCGCUCCUGACCACAUCUUACAUUUGGCGAGCAAUCCCCACUUACCUUACACAGGACUGGGCAUGAUGCGAUCAUUUGUGGCUGGCCGAUUGAGUCAUUAUUUUGGCUGGACAGGACCCUCACAUACUAUUGAUACGGCUUGUUCAUCUGCUAUGGUUGCUAUCCACCAAGCCUGCCGUGCUAUUCAGGUUGGUGAGUGCACGCAGGCCGUCGCGGGUGGUGUCCAUCUACUUUUGAACAUGGAAAGCUCUGACGCGCUGCGUGCCAGCGGGUUCAUCAACGACACAGGAACCUGCAAGGCCUUCGAUUCGCGGGCUGAUGGGUAUUGCCGUGGGGAGGGUGUUGGCGUUGUCAUCUUGAAACCUUUGGCACGGGCCUUACAAGAUGGGGACAACAUUCAAGGUGUGCUACUAUCCACCGGUAACAACCAAAACAUCAACAACACCGGCAUCACCAACCCUGUUUUGGCGAGCCAGGUGGCUUUAUACAAAGAUGUGCUGGGACGCGCUGGAGUCAAGCCAGCAGAUGUCUCCUAUGUCGAAGCUCACGGAACGGGCACGCGCGCCGGCGAUCCUGUCGAAACCCAGGGUAUUCGGGAGGUAUUCGGUGGAAAGGACAGACCAUCAAUCUUGAAUAUUGGUGCGGUCAAGGCCAACGUGAGCCAUGCUGAAGGAGCUUCGGGCGUGGUAUCUUUGAUCAAGGUGCUGCUCAUGAUGAAACACGGCAAGAUUUUGGGGCAGGCUGAACUACAUGCAUUGAACCCAAAUAUUCCGGCCCUUGAGCCUGAUCGAAUGGCUAUCCCGACGUCUCCGAGUGAAUGGCGCGAUAAUAAGCGCCUGGCCGUGGUCAAUAAUUACGGUGCUUCGGGCAAUAAUGCUAGCGCUGUUGUUGCGCCGCCGCCUCGUCAGCAAUCUUUGGCAUCGCCAACGAUCCCAUCUGCCUCUACCUGGCCUGUUUUCAUUUCCGCUGCUUCACGUGCCAGCCUAUUGGCGUACUGCAAUACAUUGAGUCGCAAGAUUAUCGAAGAAUCACCUGCUCCUGAGUUGUUCCCUCACCUGUCUCUUGCUUUGGCGACGAGGCAGAACCGUCAGCUCCGACAUCUCUUCUGUACAUCAGGGACUUCAUUGAGCGAUAUACAAUCCCAGCUAUCCGACCCAGAGAAGCAUAUUGUCCCCUCACCAAAACCAAAGCCUGUCGUGCAUCUUUUCAGUGGACAGAAUGGCGAUACUGUACCUUCAGCCGGACCACUAUAUGAGAGUAGCCUGCUGUUCCGAGCGCAUUUGCACCGGUGCGAGGAUGUGAUGCAGUCGCUUGGGCUCCCCAGUCUUUUCCCAAUUAUCCUUCAGGGAAUCCAAGGCGGAGCUGAUCUCAUCCUCCGGCACAUUAGCAUGUUCGCGAUUCAGUACUCGUGCGGAAUGUCAUGGAUUGACUCUGGGGUAAAGCCCCAGGCUCUUUGCGGCCCCUCCUUCGGCGAGUGGGCUGCACUCGCAAUUUCAGGAGCCAUAACACUCGAAUCAGGCAUAAAAAUUGUAUCUGGGUACGAGCUCUGGGGCGAGGACCCCGGGUCCAUGGUAGCAAUCGAGGCUGACCUCGUCGGUACUAACACAACCCCAGAAAGGCACUUAGAGCCGUUUUACAAGAUUUACCCAGACAUAAAGCUGGAUAUAGCGUGUUACAAUGGGCCCAACAAUUAUGUUGUUGCUGGUCCCACCAAAUACAUCGACUACCUUGAAUCAUAUCUAGUCGAGAAGAAAGCCAGCGGCGAGAAGAUCCGGUUCAAGGUUUUAAGAGGCAUGUAUGCGUAUCAUUCCAGCAUGGCGGACACGAUCGUCAAUGAGUGCGCCAAGAUAUCGGCUUCGAUACAGUUUCAGGAGCCAAGGUUCCCCUUCGAAUCCUGCCACGAAACCGUUUGGACGGGUCCUGGACCUAACGUGGUCGCCCGCAACACCCGUCAGCCUGUAUACUUUGGCCAAGCGAUGUCACGUAUAGUCGACCGUCUGGGUGCGUGUACAUUCCUGGAAGCCGGCGUAAAUGGCCCCAUAGUCGCGAUGGCACGGAGCGCGUUGCCACAGGCCCCGGCUCAAGGGAAUCACACCUUCCUGAGCAUCAAUGGGAGGGAUCUUGUGCGAUCACUGGCCGAUGCCACGGUCACGCUGUGGAAGACCGGGCAGACAAACGUGCAAUAUUGGCUUUUCCACCAAUGUCAGCGGACAAGCUAUCGGCCUGUGGCCAUGCCACCCUAUCAUUUCGAAAAGCACAAGCACUGGCUGGACUACCACGGUCUGUCUGGUGACAGAGAUAAGAAGAAUGGCGAGAACGAGCCAGAACAUCCUGCUGUUUGUCCUCAUUGUCAGAGAGAUGCCGCUGAUCGUCCGUUUAUAAAGCAAGACAAGUCUCACACCCAGAAGGCGGGCGAGUCGGUUUUCACUAUCGACAUGCACAGUAGGCGCUAUCAAGACCUCGUCAAGGGCCACGUCGUGCUGGCUGCACAUGCUGUUGCCCUAUUACUGAACAAUAACAUAACGUCCAGCAUAGUGGUAGACGACAUACAUUUCAAGGCCCCCUUGAGCUUGGAUACGCAGCGCUCCGUGAAGUUGACAUUGACAAACAAGUCAAUCUUGCACGCUAUUGGCAGCAUCUCACUCAGAGACAACAGCAGUGGAAAGGCUGAGGAAGAACAAGAAAUGAAAGACAAGUGGACCCGCAUGAUAAACCUACUCGAUAAUGAUCCGGACACGGACGCUUUGCGCGGUGCAAUGGUAUAUAAAGUGUUCGGUAAUAUGGUGAAGCACGCAGCUGCUUACCGCGGCUUGCGGCAUUUGGUUGGAAAAGGCACCGAGGGCGCAGCGGACAUCUCCAUACCGGUGAAUGAACUCAAUACCGUGGCUAGAACGCCCAACGACAACGUUGUUGAUGCUCUUGUGAUGAACAGCUUCCUCAAAGUCCCGGGUGCAUAUAUCAAUUGCUUACACAUAUUUGGUGACGAGGAUGACAGCAAGGCUUAUAUUUGUAUGAGCUUGGGGUCUGUGGGCUCUCUGAAUAAGCUCCCUGAAGGCAGAUAUUACAGGGUAUAUGCGCAGAUUGUCCGGCAGAGCUCCAACGAGGCUAUACUGGAUGUAUUGGCCUUCGAUGCGCAGACGAUGGAAAUAGUCUUGUUUGCCAAAGACAUCAAAUUUUCAGGGAUCUCCACCAGCACGUUAACCAAGCUGCUGGCAGGCGCGGAUCCCAAUUCAACGGUCAACGGUCACACAGGCCCAUCGCAAGUUGCUGAAACACCUGGGUCCGGGCAGCCAACGGGAUCAAACCCUGUCACAAAUUCUAGGACGGCCAAUGGAAUCAAGACAGGUUCACCAGAUGUGCUCAAAAUAGUACAGGGGACGCUAAGCCGGACCCUUGAUGUUCCUGUCGCAGAAGUGACCAAGGGUGCCUCGCUCGAGGAGCUCGGUGUCGACUCGCUAAUCAGCUCAGAGAUAUUGGCUAGUAUCCAUGAUGCUCUUCAAAUCGAUAUUUCUGUCGAUGAUUUUGCUGCAGCUACAGACGUUGCCUCCCUAUGUGAGUUGAUAUCCGCCCGGGUAGGCAGCGACGCGACCAAUACGGGAGGCCAGGACGAUGAAGUUCUUCUGGGGCCAGAACAUGUCUCAGAGACUGCUAAAGAUGAAAAUCUUGACUGGCAAAAGACCGCUAUCCAGAUACUUGGUCGGUCUCUCGACGUACCUGUGGCAGAUAUUCAGAUGGGCUCCCAGCUUGAGGAGCUCGGCGCCGAUUCGCUUAUCGCUGCGGAGAUAGCCAGCAACAUCAAUGAGGCACUGGAUUUGACUAUCUCGUCGACCGACUUUGCUUCUUUGACAGAUGUGAAGUCCUUCUGUGAUCUUAUCGCGCAUGUUUCGGGACGCGUGCCAACGCAGGCCGCUGCUGUAUCUCCAUCAGAAAAUACCAAUUCUGCGAUGAGUGACGGGGUAACUCCAAACGGUCAUUCAACUACUCAGGAUGAGGACAUGAACCAGAUACCAACGAAGGAUAACGCAGAGCUAAUCCAUGCAGUCUUCCAGAGAGUUCGCCGCGGCUUUGAUUCUCAUGCAAGAGAGGUCCAGCUGACAGGCUUCUGGGACAAUGUAUACCCACGACAACUAAGCGUUGUGACAGCGUACAUCCUCGAAGCCUUCGAGAAACUCGGAUGCACAUUCAAGAAGUUCAGUCAAGGAGAAACGCUCCUUCCACUACAUGGCACGCUGUUGAAAUAUGAAAGAGAGGUAUCGCGGUUAUGGGAGAUCCUGGAAGAAGCUGGCCUCGUCGAGAAGCACGGUGGUACUUUUAUACGGGGUCCCGUGCCUCACGUACAAGAUAAAUCAGCCAAGGAGCUGAGCACUGAGCUCAUAUCGAAUUAUCCUCAGUACACAUCAGCACAUGACAUGCUGGAUCUUCUCGGACCGCAACUGGCUGGGUGCCUUACCGGAAAGGCCGAGGCUACCUCUAUCCUAUGUGAUAGCGAUAAGGGUAGGGAGCUUCUUGAGAGCUUCUAUGCCAACGAUCCUGGUCUUCUUGCGGCCAACCGGGUGCUUGGCGAUUUUUCCUCCACGGCCAUGAAGGCUAGAACAUCCGGCGAACCCUUUCGGGUGCUCGAAAUCGGCGCUGGAUUCGGCAGCGCCGCCAGGCAUCUCCUCCCACAGCUUCAAGCCAGCGGCCUGUGUUUUACUUACACAUUGUCUGAUUCUUCUGUGACACUUCUGGAGCGUUCGAAAGCGACAUUACAGGACAUCGAAGGAUUGGAGUUCCGCCAAUAUGACAUCGAGGAAGACCCUCCCGUGGACCUGCUGGGACGCUGCCACGUCGUGAUAUCUAACAGCUAUGUUCAUGCGACGCGCAACCUGCAGAACAGCCUAGUGAAUAUGCGAAAGUUGGUGCGGCCCAACGAUGGAUGCGUGGCGCUGAUAGAGCCAACGCAAAAGCUAGCGUGGUACGAACUCGUUUGGGGCUUGCUGGAUGGGUGGUUGCAGUUAGAUGAUGACCGCACACACGCAUUGCAAAGCCCGUGGACCUGGAGAAGUGCCCUACAGAAUGCUGGGUUUGUCCAUGUCGACUGGUCUGAAAGCUCCAGUCCUGAACCGGAGAGGCGAUGCCUGGCCGAGGCAACCUCUAUGCUCUUGCACCGAAGAACUUCUGCGUCUGGAAAACGGAAUCUGUUCCUGGCCCCAGACGGUUUUGGGUCUGGAACCGUGUUCGGCGGUCUGGGACCGUUGCUCGGUAGCGUUAACAACGUUUCUGUCUACGCGCUCAAUAGUCCAUUCAUGCACAGCAAGCCUGAUCCGGAUGAGCCGCUAACCAUUGAGGAACUCGCUGCCAUCUACGCGGGCGAAUCAAGCGCCGGCAGCCCGAAGGCGGCACGACAACUUCUUGAAGACGGCAACCACGUCGAGAAAUUAUUCUUGAUCGACACUGCAUAUCCGACAUUCGUCCGCUACUUCCCCGAUGCCCUGGUCAAUGAGUUCCGACCAAACCGCCGAGGCCGAUUGGUGACGAAUGAUCACUUCUUCUUGGCCCGGCAGCAGAUGCGAUCAUAUCGAGUGCGCAGGCUACCGGGACGAAAGAUGCCGCAGGUAGUGCUAAUCUCCGCGAAAGAGGGUGCGGACAAGCAGGAAGGAGUGCCUCGCCCAGCAUGUCUGCCCGAAGACGAGAAAGCCGUGGACUGGUUUCUGAAUGAUCGUACUGACGACGGAUGUUUUGGCUGGAACGAGGUUCUGGACGAUAUAACGGUGGUUCGGGCCGACGGUAACCAUUUCUCCAUGAUGUUGCCCUCGAUGAUCAGUGGAUGGGGCGCGGAACUCGCUAGGAUGUUGGAGGAAUAG